AAAGGCAGCGUAGACCCCAAUAGAAAACCAUGUCGUUUGCACAGUCAAUCCGACGCCACAGGAUUAUCCGGCACUACAAGUUCGCAGAAUCCUUCUGUUCCUAUGCCCACAACCACCCUUUUACCGAGCCUUACCACGUCCCUGCGCCCCGCCACUUCCUUGGACCCUGCGAUUGGCUCAGCGGGAGCAGGAAACCCCUCUAUGCCUCAGUUCCCCAGCACUUCUCCCCCAGACACUUCAGUGAGCAGCACUGCUUAUCAUCAAUCUACCGAUCCUCCCCCUUCCACCGUGAGCUCGAGCAAGGAUACGAAUACCCCUACACCGUCGGUGGCGCAGACUUUCGUUUCCACCAGCUCUCAUAUCCGAAGCACGACAAAUGUCGGAGCGAUAGCUGGUGGUGUCCUAGGUGGUGUUGUCCUGCUACUCUUGGUAGUUCUACUGGUUCUUCGCAAACCAAUGUCCAGGUACCUCCGACGUGCCCGCAAUAAGCGCAUCGCUCCGUCCGCGGAAUUUGUUAAUACUUCUUCUCAACUCUUCCAUAGUCAAUCACGAUUGACCGGGCUGAGCACCACGCCUGUUGUUACCUCCAGUCAUCAUAGGGGGAAGUCGUCCUUUUCUGUGCGAGACCUUGGAGGAGGCUUCGACGAGCGGCCUCCUCCGUUCACCCCUGGUUCAUUCCGUGAUCCCGUGAUUGAGAAGGUAACAUCUGCCGCUCAACAGCGAGAGAUGUUCUUUCAGACGCAUGCUUCACCUCCUACGCAAAAUGGCCGGGGGAACGACGACUCGGAUGCACCGUCUUUGUACGACCCAUACGUUCUCCCAAAUCCUUUCGAGCACUCUCCCGGCUAUCCGCUGGACACGUUCGACUUCCCUGCGACAUCCCCUAUACUCAGCAGCGAAGAGGACGAAACUGCUGCUGGGCCAAGCAGUACUUUCGGGCACGGAGAGUCGUCCAGAUUGACCAAGGGGUGGGCAGCAUAGGGGCCGGCGCCUUUAUGGCUGAAGGGAGGGAAGGGUUUCGAAGGUGGUGUGAUGUUAGCCGGCCCGGGAGGAGGGGGAGGCAAUGGCUAUUCCUUGGCUAAUUUUAGGCGAAGGCUGCGGCGCCUUCAUCUCAUUCUUAAUAUCCCAUCAAUCUUCGGCUUCACAGACUCCUCCUGUCACGCGUCUGGGAGGGUCGCUACACACGGCUCCGCAUCUCACCAGAGUGUCCCAGCGCCGCAGGCGAUAGUCUCGUUUCGCCUCUCAUAGGUCACUGUUCAUCUCACCGGCAUCUACGACCGACUGACUUGAUCCGUUUCUUACGAUUUAUCUGACCAGUGGCGGUGCGUGCGUCGGGCGUUCGUGUCCGUAGGUCGGAGAUAUCUCCGUAUCGAUGCCUCUGCUUUUGAUUAUGACGUCUUACUUAUCUGGGCCUCGCAGUAAUGAUUCGGAGUCGAUGUUCAGCAGCUGCGAGUUGGUGAAUUUUGUACUACUAUAUAGCAGUCCUGGCCUAUGUCUUUCGACCGGGAAAUACUGUUCUACUACGACCGUUAUCUCAUGUAGCGCUCCCGUAAAAUUACAGGUGGCGGUUACUAGCUAAGUUCCACC